UUUAUUCGAUUUCCAGUGAAAACCAAAAUCACUUUGCAAGGAGGAUCUACAGAGAUGUUUUGAGCGAUUGGGAAAGCUUCAGAACGUUGUGAGAAAAAUAGUUUUUAAAUACACAAAUGCAGUUGGAAAGUAGUAGAGGAUUAUCAGAGAAAAAAAUUUGGUUUGUGGAGUCCGAGCAUACGGAAGAUGCACUAAUGUGGGCAUUGAAGCUGGGCCAAGCUGCUGUACUUGGCUAUCAGACAAUCCUGCACAGACCAGUUCACCUGCUCUAUCCAACACCAGACUACUGGGUGUCAGCUCUAUACCACAGGUUUGUGGGUAACACAGUGCUCGACUCAAAGUUGAUGUCUGAGGACUCAUCUGUGUCAACGUUUGUUCACUGUUCCACAUCUCAUCAGAAGUCCGGUGCUUUAGUGGUGUGGGGAGUGAACACCCGACAAGACACUGCAAAGCUCAUGCUAGGUGUCCCUACACGUCAGGACGUUGCUCACUUAUACGUCCUCACUACAGAUGGACUAGAGGAACGGGGCACACUAUUGAAUGGAAAACCACUGCAUAUGGUCGAAGAAGCCUUACCUAGACUGUCUCCACACAUAGUACUGAAUGGUACCACCACACCUAUAACUAUCCCAGCACAGAGUGUAUUCUUUAUUAUUCUACCAGAUGUGAGAGCCAGUGCUUGUCUGCCCUAUCUCUCUAAGAAUAUCCAACUGUCUAUGGGCAGAGAGCUCUUGAACUCACAGAAACAAUCAGUACAGACGCAAUCUGAUGUAAAGACCCGUGGCAAUUCUAAGUUCCCCAUAAAGCUAAACGAAAAUGUAGAGCAUUACAAUUUUGAAACUGAUCAUAGUAGAAAUGACUUUGAGAACAAAAUGAGAGAUCAACUUAAAGAGACUAUGAAAGAAAGGAUGCAAGCCAUUAUAAAUAGUGAAGAAAAAGCAAAUGAGUCAGAACAAUCUACACAACUAGCUGAAGAGAACAUCUCUGGUACCAACCAACAAGUAAAUAUCGGAAAUAGUGCAUGGUUAUCUAAUUUGUAUAAUUCAACUGAUGAUACUACUCAAAAAGAAUGGAUGUUUUUGAUAGAUUUUCUUUUAAAAUAUGAUGAAUUUAUGAAUUUCAUUGAGAACAGGUCGUCUAAACAAGUAGUUUUAAAACAGACCUAUUCACCUAGAUCAUUGUCAUACAAAGAUAUAAAGGACGAUAUUAAUAAAAGAGUUAAAAGAUCUGAAAGCAAUGACACAGUGGUAGCACUGACAGAACCAAAACAUAUGAGGCUUUCAACAUUACAAAAGAGAAUGAAUUGGUUAAGACGUUUUAAAAGCACACAGUCCAAAACUAAUAAAACUAAAGAAUCAGAAAAUAUUCAUUAUCUUCCAGGUGAAUUCUACAAAACCUUAAGAAACUUAAAGCUUGAUUCCAAUUCUUUUAUAAAAGAUGUAGAAGAUCCCAACGAGGCUGUUGUCUCAGCUGCUGAAGAAUCAACGAAGUGCAAAAAAAAUGAUAGUGAAUUGAAGGUAACAAAAAAGAAAGAUAAUGAUCACAAAGUGGACACUGGAAUUGUAGAAAGUGCAACUGAGCAGAUAAAAAAAUACUAUGAUACUGUAGGCAGUAUUGGCAAAAACAUUCAAAUUUUUAAGAACAGCAAAAAAAUAUUGAAUGAGGACACAAAAUGUUGUUCAGAAAAAGGUUUACUUGGUAAAUCUCCUCCAUUCAAAAUCAAAGGUAAAGAUGAAACUGAAUUAACAGAUGGUACUGAAAUAGUUGAUGAUUUUCACAAAUCAUUAUUUCAAGCAUUAAAAUCACAUAAUGAUGGUCAAAGGUACUCAGGAUCUGGUAUAAUGUCAGAAAGGAAGAAAAGAGAAAUUGAUAAUUCAGAAAAAAGUCAACCCAAUACUAAAAAAACUGUAACAGAAGAAGAAGAUUUAUUAAGAAAACCUGAUUACUCGGAAGAGUCAAGAAUGUCAGCAUAUCUCAAGGAGUUAACAGACGAAGGUGAGCAGCUCUUGAAAGAUUUAGAACAAAACAACAACAGAUUUGGUGUUCCUGUACUAUCGGUCAAAGACACAUCAAGAGAAGGAAAUCAAACUGAAAUGUUACCUGAAACAGAAGUUCUUAAAAAAUCUGUACAAGAAGAAACGAAAAGCAACAAACAGACCAACACAACGCUAUUACAUAAAACUGAAAAUUUAGAACAUGUAGACAUUAAUUCAAGUAAAAAUAAUUCAGAUCAUUUAAUUCCUGAAAAGAUCUUAAAACAAAAUCAAGAAAAACUACAAUCAGAAUUUUUGUAUACAACAAAUUCAUCGUUAAACCGUAUGGAUUUAGCAGUCCCAAAAAAACCACCACAACAUCUAAAAACAAUUGACAGUAUAUCUAAUUUAAGUUCAACUUAUUUAUUACCUAACGUAACAAUUAGCCAUCAUGAAGACAAGAACUCACACACAGCCUCAGUAAUUGAUAAAACGUCUGAGAAAAUUAAACAAGACAAUAACGAUUCAUCAAAAAUAAUUUCUCAUGAUGUUGUUUUAACAAGGCCGUUAUCAGCAACAAACUCAACACAACUCAAUAAAUUUAUCACUGAUUACAAAACACAAAGGAACAAUUUUGUUUCUCAGAUGAAACCCACUAAAACGUUAGCCUCAAACACCCCUGCAAUUUCCCUUACAACGAUUCCAAAACUUUCUUCUAGACAGGCUACCUACUCAAGUACAACAGCUAGUAAAGGUAAUAAUUUAAGUAGAAGAUCAAAACCGACAAAUCUAAUUGCAGCACGUAUUCGUCAAGAUUUGCUUUCAACUAAACGCAGAGAAAGACUAGAGGCUUUAAAAGCACGACUAGAGGAAGCUAGGCAAAGGUUAUCACUUUUAUCCCAUCCUAAAAAUCAAAUGCCAAACCUAGAUAUUACCAAACUUGUUACAAAAAGAGAAAUGCCCUUCAGUCAAGAGUUUUACAAACACAUAAACCAAAUACAAUUGAAAACUGAUGUACAACAAAAUGAGAAGCACAGUUUGAAUUCUUUAAAAAAUAACAUUUUGGGGAAAUUUUUGGAAGAUAGAAUAGUGAAGUUACCGCUUGUUCAUACAAAAAGCACUGUACACAGAUUAACAAAACAAAUACCAGAGACAGAAAUUAUAUUUAACCAAUUGCCACUGCUAAGAAGUAUAAACAAAAUAUCUAGAUCAAGAAGAUCUACAAAAAAUGCUAUUGAAAGAAAUGAGAUUGAAAUGAAGGCACUUUUAACAAAUGAACUCAUAAAAGAGCAUCCUUCUAAUAAUACUGCUGAUCAUAAUCCCAAUGAAGGAGCUUUUAGGUCAAUGCUCCGUAAAACCCUAAAGGCAGCGAGGAACAAAACUGGUAUAGACAGAAUGCUUGAAUUAGCAAAACAGUACAAUAAAACAAAUCCAGAUAGUGUUGAAAUAUUUAGAUUUCAUGAAACUAAGUUAAACUCUGACAGUAGCGAAAAUGAAAAUAAAGCAAUAGAAGUUACAGACUUCAAAGACACUGGAACAGUAAAGCAAGAUCAGUUUAAAGCUACAGACUCUAUCAGCUUAGAUACUACGAUAGUGAACACCAAUCAAAGUGAACAUGGAAUUAAAGAUUUAUUUAAUUCAGAAAAUAAUAUAUUAUCUAUAUUCAUUAACAUGGUAGAGGAGGUAGUUAAGACACUAAGUAAUGUAAAUAAAACUGCUUAAGAAGUACUUUGGAAAAUAAUUAUCUGUAUAUUAAUGUAAUGUAAAAUACUAUCACACUGUUGGAAUACAUGCACACAUUUUCAAAGCAAUCUUGGGUGGGUAAAUGUGUGUUUAAACAUACUGUUCUGUUAGGUGCAGUUUUAUUGCUAUUUUUAUAUUUUUGUACUAUUUUAUAAUUAUAAUUUAUACAAAUAAAGAAGAAAAUCAAAGGUU